AUGGCGACGCUCCUCUCCCACCCGCAGCGGCGCCCCCCCCUCCUGCGACAGGCCAUCAAGAUAAGGCGCCGCCGGGUCCGCGACGCCGAGGAUCCCCCGCCCCGACCGGCCCGGGAGAUCGAGCCUCCAUCCCACCACUUCUCCCCGGAGCAGCGGGCCCUGCUCUACGAGGAGGCGCUCUACACCGUCCUGCACCGCCUGGGCCGGCCCGAGCCCGGCCACGUGACCGAGGCCUCGGAGCUGCUGCGCUACCUGCAGGAGGCCUUCCACCUGGAGCCGGAGGAGCACCAACGGAUGCUGCAGCAGGUCCAGGAGCUCGAGAAGCCGGUGUUCUGCCUGAAGGCCACGGUGAAGCAGGCCAAGGGCAUCCUGGGCAAGGACGUCAGCGGGUUCAGUGACCCCUACUGCCUGCUGGGCAUCGAGCAGGGGGUGGGCGUGCCGGGGGGCAGCCCGGGGGCGCGGCGGCGGCAGCCGAAGGCCGUGGUGAGGCACACCAUCCCCGAGGAGCAGACCCACCGCACCCAGGUCAUCAGCCAGACGCUCAACCCCGUCUGGGAAGAGACCUUCAUCCUGGAGUUUGAGGACAUCAGCAGCUCCAGCUUCCACCUGGACAUGUGGGACCUGGACGCCGUGGAGUCCGUCAGGCACAAGCUCGGGGAGCUCACCGACCUGCACGGGCUGCGCAGGAUCUUCAAGGAUGCCCGCAAGGACAAGGGCCAGGACGACUUCCUGGGCAACGUGGUCCUGAGGCUCCAGGACCUGCGCUGCCGGGAAGACCAGUGGUACCGGCUGGAGCCCUGCACCGAGACCUACCCGGACCGCGGCCGGUGCCACCUCCAGUUCCAGCUCAUUCACAAGCGGAGAGCCACAGCCGCCAGCCGCUCCCAGCCCAGCUGCACGGUGCACCUCCACCUGCUGCAGCAGCUCGUGGCCCACGAAGUCACCCAGCACCAGGCAGGCAGCACCUCCUGGGACGGGUCGCUGAGUCCCCAGGCGGCCACCAUCCUGUUUCUCCACGCCACCCAGAAGGACCUGUCCGACUUCCACCAGGCCAUGGCGCAGUGGCUGGCCUACAGCCGAGUCUACCAGGACCUGGAGUUCCCCAGCAGCUGCCUCCUGCACCCCAUCACCAGCAUCGAGUACCAGUGGAUCCAGGGCCGGCUCCAGGCGGAACAGCGGGAGGAGCUGGCCGCCUCGUUCAAAUCCCUGCUGGCCUACGGCCUGUCCCUCAUCCGGAGGUUCCGCACCGUCUUCCCCCUCUCGGUCGCCGACUCCCCAGCCCGGCUGCAGUCUCUGCUCAGGGUGCUGGUCCAGAUGUGCAAGACGAAGGCCUUUGGAGAGCUGUGCCCGGACAGUGCCCCGCUGCCCCAGCUGGUGACCGAGACGCUGCGGGCUGGCACGGUCGAAUGGUUCCACCUGAAGCAGCAGCACCAUCAGCCCAUGGUGCAGGGCCUGCUGGAGGCGGGCAAGGCCCUGCUGGGCCUGGUCCAGGACAUCACCGGCGACCUGCACCAGUGCCAGCGCACGUGGAACAAGAUCUUCCACAAUGUCCUGAAGAUCGAGCUCUUCUCCAUGGCCUUCCUGGAGCUGCAGUGGCUGGUGGCCAAGCGGGUGCAGGACCACACGGCGGCGGCGGUGAGCGGCCCGGUGUCCCCGGAGGUGGGCGAGAGCCUGUUCCAGCUCUACACCAGCCUCAAGGAGCUCUGCCGGCUGGGCCCGGCGCCCUCGGAGAGGGAUGGAGUGCUGGCCCUGGACGGCUUCCACCGCUGGUUCCAGCCCGCCGUGCCCUCCUGGCUGCAAAAGACCUACAGCGUGGCCCUGGCCCGGGUGCAGCGCGCUGUGCAGAUGGACCAGCUGGUGCCCCUGGGUGAGCUGACCAAGCACAGCACCUCGGCUGUGGACCUGUCCACCUGCUUCGCCCAGAUCGGCCACACGGCCCAGCAGCUGGACUGGCCUGACCCCGAGGAGGCCUUCAUGAUCACCGUCAAGUUCGUGGAGGACACCUGUCGGCUGGCCCUGGUGUACUGCAGCCUGAUAAAGGCCCGGGCCCGGGAGCUGGCCUCAGGCCAGAAGGACCAGGCCCUGGCAGCCAAUAUGCUGUGCGUGGUGGUGAACGACAUGGAGCAGCUGCGGCUGGUGAUCGGCAGGCUCCCUGCCCAGCUGGCAUGGGAGGCGCUGGAGCAGCGGGUCGGGGCUGUGCUGGAGCAGGGGCAGCUGCAGCACACGCUGCACGCCCAGCUGCAGAGCGCGCUGGCCGGGCUCAGCCACGAGAUCCGUGCGGGCGUCCGCACCCUGGCCGAGCAGCUGGAGGUGGGCAUUGCCAAGCACAUCCACAGCCUGGUGGGCGUCCGGGAGUCGGUGCUGCCGGAGGACGCCAUCCUGCCCCUGAUGAAGUUCCUGGAGGUGGAGCUCUGCUACAUGAACACCAACCUGGUGCAGGAGAACUUCAGCAGCCUUCUGACCCUGCUCUGGACACACACGCUCACGGUGCUGGCCGAGGUGGCCGCCGCCCAGCGGAGCUGCGCCCCGGCCUCCAGGAGGCUGGAGGUGGCGCUGCAGAACCUGGAGAUCUGCUUCUAUGCCGAGGGCUGCGGCCUGCAGCCCGAGGCCCUGCACACGGCCACCUUCCAGGAUCUGCAGCGGGACCUGGGGCUGCAGGCGGCCUCCAGCCGGGAGCUCAUCCGGAAGUACUUCAGCCGCCGCCUGCAGAGGCAGGCCGAAACUACCACCGAGGAGCUCGGGGCCGUGACCCUCAAGGCUUCCUACCGCGCCUCGGAGCAGAAGCUGCGCGUGGAGCUGCUCAGCGCCUCCAACCUGCUGCCCCUGGACGCCAACGGCUCCAGCGACCCCUUUGUCCAGCUGACCUUGGAGCCCAGGCACGAAUUCCCUGAGCUGGCUCCCCGCGAGACCCAAAAGCACAAGAAGGACCUGCACCCGCUGUUUGAUGAGACCUUUGAAUUCCUGGUGCCCGCUGAGCCGUGCCAGAAGGACGGGGCCUGCCUGCUGCUCACGGUGCUGGACCACGACACGCUGGGGACGGAUGACUUGGAGGGCGAGGCCUUCCUGCCUCUGUGCUCGGUGCCCGGCCUGGAUGGCACUGCAGAGCCCGGGGAGGUGCCCCAGACGCGCCUGCCCCUCACCUACCCCAUGCCCAACGGGGAUCCCGUCCUGCGGCUGCUGGAGAGCAGGAAGGGGGACCGUGAGGCCCAGGCGUUUGUGAAGCUGCGGCGGCAGCGAGCCAGGCAGCACCGGGCGGGGCAGCUGUCACAUCCUGCCCUGCCCUCUGGGAGAAGCGCUGGCCAAGCAGGGGCUCGGUCAUCUGUCCCUCCCGGAAACCGAUUCCAGCCCCUGGGCCUCCUCUUCAGCACCCCCACUCAGACUCAUUGGGGCCAGGGCUGUGGAAGGAGCCCAGGCUGA